GGGGUGGUCUGCCCAAUUCGAGGGCGGUGUGUGGCCCCGCCCUCCGCACGUUUGGCCAAUCAGCGUGGGGCUCAGCGCCGCGGGCCGGGGUCGGAGCCUCGUCUCGGGAGGUGACCGGGACGUGCCCGCCACCGGCGCCUCCGGCCCCGGCCCCGCCGGGCCCGGCAUGGCGGACUUGCAAGGGGGGCGGCUGGCGCGGCGCUCCGCCCGAGCUGCCAGCGGCAAUGCCUGCUGCUGGGCGCUGCCCACAGCGCUGCUCUGCGCCUACGGCUUCUUCUGCAGCGUUCGGCCGUCGGAGCCCUUCCUCACCCGGUACCUGCUGGGGCCGCACAAGAACCUCUCCGAGACCCAGGUGUUCAACGAGAUUUACCCGGUGUGGACUUACUCCUACCUGGCGCUGCUCUUCCCCGUGUUCCUGGCCACGGACUAUCUGCGGUACAAGCCUGUGGUCCUGCUGCAGGGCCUGAGCCUCAUCGUCACCUGGUUCAUGCUGCUGUACGCCCAGCGGCUAUGGGCCUUCCAGCUCCUUGAGUUCUUCUACGGGAUGGGGACUGCCACCGACAUCGCCUAUUAUUCCUACAUCUACAGUGUCGUCGAUAUCAACCUGUACCAGCAGGUCACCAGCUACUGCCGAAGUGCCACCCUGGUGGGUUACACAGUGGGCUCGGUGUCUGGGCAGGUCCUUGUGUCAGUGGCAGGAUGGUCCCUCUUCAGCUUGAACGUUGUCUCCUUAACCAGCAUAUCCAUUGCCUUUGCCACGGCGUGGUUCCUGCCCAUGCCACAAAAAAGCCUUUUCUUUCACCACCUAUCAAGUCAGCGACGUAGUUUUGAAAUGAAGGUCAUGGAGUGUAAAAAUGGAGCAGCUGUCCAAGAUCAUCCCGAUGUGCAGAGGGCACCUGGCUGGGAGGAUGAGACAAAAGUUCCCUUAAAUGGGGAGGGUCAUUCAGCAAAGAAACAGAAGCAGAAAGUAGACAUCGCAAAGGUGCUUAAAGACCUCUGGCAGGACUUCCUCCAGUGCUACUCCUCCAGGACCAUGCUCUGCUGGUCUGUGUGGUGGGCACUGUCCACCUGUGGCUACUUUCAGGUCAUCAACUACGCUCAGGGCCUGUGGGAGAUGGUGCUGCCUUCUCACAGCGCGGACAUCUACAAUGGUGCUGUGGAAGCAGCCUCGACGCUCCUGGGAGCAGUUGCAGUUGUUGUUGUGGGUCACAUAAAAACAUCCUGGGCAAUGUGGGGUGAAGUGGCACUUGCCCUGUUCUCUCUUCUUAUUGCUGCUGCUGUGUAUGUCAUGGACACUGUUCGUAACAUCUGGGUGUGCUAUUCAUCCUAUGUCAUCUUCAGAAUUAUCUACAUGAUGCUAAUCACAAUAGCAACGUUCCAGAUUGCUACAAAUCUCAGUGUGGAGCGGUAUGCCCUGGUAUUUGGGGUUAAUACUUUCAUUGCCUUAGCACUUCAGACUCUGCUCACUGUGAUUGUUGUGGAUGCCAGUGGUCUUGGCUUGGACAUCUUCACCCAGUUCAUGAUUUAUGCCUCUUACUUUGCGGCCAUCUCACUGGUGUUCUUGGUCAGUGGCAUCUGCAGUAUUGUGGGAGCUUACAGAAGACAAGAGCAGGUGCAAAGCAGAUCUCCUGAAAGCCAGUAGUGCACUAAGCAAAGACUCUUGGUGACUAUGUAUGAAGAUAGAGGUCUGUUUUUAAUCUCUGCCUUUUCUUCCCAAGGCAAUCACCUUAAUGGUAUAUGAUCCAUAUUUAUACUAUAUUAGUAGCACAUUUUAGAAGGUAAAUAUAUUAGCUCUUACGUAAGUAAGAACAAAUAUCUUCUUUCUAAAAUGCCUUUUGUUCUUCUGUUGCGUGUAUGGGAUAUGCAGCAAAGAACAGUAAGUUUUCUCAAAGAAUGAGAGCCUUGGGAAGUUUUAGUAUAAUACUGUCCAUCUGCAGACAGUUUUGUGAUUGUCUGGUCAACUGCUGCUCUCUGUCAUGAGGUGCUGUAACAGGGCAGAAAUGAGGGCACACUAACAGACCUCUCUAUGGAGAGCCCCAGGCCUGUGAAAGGAGGUGGCCUGAGGACUGUGCUCUGCAGUGUGGCUCUCACUGAAGCUGCCCUGUGAUGCUGGAUGCUCUGUUUUGAGAACUGGUGCACUUACAUUUCUGCAUACGCACAUGCUUCCUAGAGGAGCUUGUACUGUUUCUCCUGUUCCUGUCUGUCAUCCUUGCUGCCAGAGGUUUACCUUAGUUGAUCAUGGUGCUUCCCCAAAAACAUAACUGUGUCCUGGGGCAAUUUGUGGCACUGGUGGAUGGACUAUCAGCAGCACUACCUGUUCCACAAAGACCUGUUCCUAGGAAGGACUGUAACUGGAGGGGAAACUUAAAGGGAGUUGAAAUAGGCAAAAUGCUAAUCCAUGGGACCCUUGGUUAACUUUGACUUUGUCCCUUAGGGCUGCAGAUUCCUGUGAUUACAGGAGUCACUGCCUCACAACCCACAGGCUGGACGGUUUCAGGGGUGAUGUAUGUUAGCAUAGCACUGAGAAGGAAGGUAACUCACGGGAUUUUAAGCUAUUCUUUGUGCUUUUAGAAAAUUGUGGCUGUGGUGAUUAAAUUGACACCUUCAAUUAUGGUGGUUAGUAGAAUGACUGCCUGAGGCUUUGGAAAAUGAUGAUUUAUGGUCUGUCAUUUUUCCACUGUUAUUUUAAAAUGCCUUUAUGCUUCUGGUGGGUCUCUGUCCACUAGUUCUACCUCUUCUUUCCACAUGAGCAGAACAAUGAAUGUUUAGAGUGGGCAAUUCUUUAUUUAGUCCAGUUUAAGUAAUUUGGGACUUGCCUCAUAUCGGUUUUUUAAAAUAAUUUAUAUUUUCCAAAUUGCUUCAACACUGAGGAGGAGUUGUACAGUUGUCCUGGGCUUGGGCACCUGGUUACUCAGGCAGCAUGACCAGAACAGCAACAAAUGCCUAUGGAGUGUGCCUGUUUCUGUGCAAGUUGUGGUGAGUUUAAGUGUACAGGAGAUGUGGCAAGGGAGAAGGUGCAAUGCAGCCUUUCCCUCCAUGCCUUCUCCCUGUGUGUUCGUUAGAGCUCCUUUCUUCUUUCAGCUGAAGAAGCAGCUUUGGUUCAUCAUCUGCUUUUACUGCCAAGGAGAUUUCACAGUAUUGGGGUUGGGAAGGUGUUUUCCCCCUGGCUGGGACACUUCCCAUCAUUUUCUGUGAGCCUCAGCCUUUACUACACAAGGUGCAUGAUUAAUGUGUUUGGCAUGUGCUGCCUGGGAUCCAGGGAGCCCUUCCAGGCUGCCUGCUCAGGGGAGCCCACUCCCCAAAAACUUUUCUUUCUGCACAUUGCCUCUUGAAACAGCCCCCUAAAGAGGGGCUCAGCUGCACUGGCAUUUAUAUGUGUAAACUUAACUGCCUUAUCCUGAAGUGGACACUUGAAGCCACCCAUGUAUAUAUUCCUUUCUCUGUGUUUUUUUUGUUUUUAAACAAAAUAAAAUCUGAAGCCAUGAAAUGCUAGCUGAUGAGCUGUACUGGAACAGGGAUAGUCUGUCUUUUGAGUUCCUUGGUCUAAUGGCAGUUGGAGCAAAGCAGGGGGAAUGGGUACACAGCACUCCUGUCAAGUGACCAAAAGGAGCAGCUCAAUUUUAAUCAUACUUUUCCUACAGAGGUCAAAUCUUUGAUGGGGAACAGCACAGUUAUUUUAAAAGCAAGUCACAAAGUAACUAUUGACUUACAGCAAUAUCAGUAAUUUUUGUACCAAAGUAAUGAAACUGUGGCAACUACAAUAGAAAGGCUUGUUAUGCUGUGUAUGUCUUCAGGCCCACAAGUUAUUGAAGCCACACCUGGAUGUUGUUCAGGUUCUGAGCUCGGCUGUUGCUUUGGUGAUGAGGUGACUAUAGAGCCUGAUUGGAGCUGUAUGCAGACUUAACGGUGAUGCCUAGGAAAACCUGUAACCAUGUGGAUGUUGUUGGUUUCUAAUUAAACAGCUAUUUUUGUUAAAUAAAAAUACUCUGAGCUAUCCUAUGUGGAA